AUGUUCUUGAAAUUUACGUUUAACCCGAAACUUGGAAUUGAUAAUCCAGCUUUGGUGAUUUCAGAUGACACAGAAUCAGAUGUGCCGCUGCAUCUGUGUCGGCUGAAGCGUGAGGUGGGCCAGGGAUUCGGUUUCCACCUGGAGAGACGAGAUGGCUAUCUGCAGCAGGGCCACAGGGUGGGCCGUGUGGAGCCGUGGAGCGCCGCCGAGCGGAGCGGCCUGAGGGAAGGACACCAUCUCCUGGAGGUCAACGGAGAGUAUGUGCACCACAAAGAGCACGCUCAGGUGGUUCGACAGAUUCAGGAGUCAGGGCUGCUGCUGUACCUGAUUGUGGUGCACAGUGAGGACUAUGAGAGGGCCAUGUCGAUGAAGCUGGACCUCAGGUCGGCUGUCAGCACUUAUCAUGGUGGGGUUUGGUCACAACCGAGGCUUUGUCACAUCACCAGAGAACCAGGCCUCGACCUUGGUCUCAUCAUCAAACCUAUUGAAGGUGUGAAAAGCGGUUACCGCGUGAGCGUGGCGAGUGAGAGUUCCGCGGAGAGAGCAGGAGUGCGAUGUGGAGAUCGCUUAAUCUGGAUUAACGGAACAAUGGUGUCAACACUCACACACUCCGCACUUCAUAAAAUAGUCAAGAAAUGUGGGGAUCACUUAACCAUUUUAGUGAUUGACAGUCAGAGUGAGAAGGAGUUUCUCCACAGGAAUAUACCCAUACUUCCUUGCAUGGCCGGCUCCCACAACCUGCCCCACAGACCCAAAACACUGCACCUGGCCCAGGGCCCACAAGGCUACGGCUUCCUGCUGCGCCAAGAGAAAUUCCCACCAGGACGCAUGGCCCACAUGCUGCGUGAGGUGGACGAGGGUAGUCCUGCGGAGAGGGCGGGCAUGGAUGAUGGGGACGUGCUGCUGUCGGUGAACGGGGAGCCAGUAGAGAUGUCCGAGCACGAGGACAUUGUCAGCAUGGUGCGACAGAGCGGCCAGCAGGUCACCCUCACCUGCAUCUCCUUCAGCGGCAAAGAGUUUUAUGAAAAGAUUGCACUGUCCCCACUUCUCUUCUAUGAGGAUGACAUCCUGGACGAUAAGGAAAACAGGAAUCAGAGUGAACAGUGUGCAGGCCCUCCCUGCCAAAGACUCUGUGUUCUCCAGAAAGAAACCUCCGGGUUUGGCUUCAGUUUGGGAUGCGUGGAGAAUGAGCCUGGCACGUUCAUUGGCCAGGUCACAGUAGGGAGUGGCGCUGAGAGAGCUGGUCUCUGUGAAGGGGACGUUGUGAUGGAGGUGAACGGCCACAGUGUGGAGAGGGAGUAUUUGAAAGAGGUGGUGAGGCUGAUAAUGUGCGGUGGGGCCUCCGUCCAGAUGCUGGUCAUGGAUCGGUCUGGAUUUAAUGCAGCAAGACAGAGUGCACUCCCUAAUGACAAUAAUGCAAAGCUACAAAGCAAGACCAAGGUCUCAGAAGCAGUGCACAGCUCUUUUGUGUAAGAGGGUGGUCAGAAGUCCCCAUCUUACACACUAAAUACUGCACCAGAAGCGCUUGCCAGUGCCAUGUUAUAAUGGACAACAAUCAUUUCUUCACCCACACGAGUCAAGAAAGUAUCAGUGUUAUGAUGUAAAUACUUGUUUUGUUUUAGGUUCUGCUGUCCACGUCGGCAUGGUUUCCCAAAAACAAGGGACUGCUUCUUGAACAGUGCUUAGUUGCAUUCAUUUUUCUUUGGCCCUUAUGAUCAACCCAACUGUGUAUGUACGCAAGAUUUUUUACAUACUAGGCUAUAUAUAUUCAGAGAGAGAGAGAGAGAGGAAGCGAGAGAGAGAGAGAGAGCAAUGGAGAGAAAUGUAUAAUAUAUGGUUAGAUACACAGUAUAUAGACAGAAUUACGGUAGAUGAGGAUUUGUAAUAUUAAAAUAUGCAAUUAAGAUAUGAACAAUGCAAUGGCAUGUGUGCAAUACUGUAGAGCAGCAAGCAAAUGCAGUGCUUUAUAUACUAGCAUUUCAAUUCAAGGCUGUGAACAUGUGCAGGAUCAUUUAGCAAGCAGCUUUUUAAAAAUAUCAAGCCUUCCAAUAGACACAGGUAUGAAAACGAAUAUUUGAGUCUUUGACUAAUGAAAAGAUAUUAAGUAACCUGUGACAACUCCAUGGUACCUGAUUCUGCACUGAAUUAUGGCUUUGAUUGACAAUAGGACCAGUCCAAGGUAUAUACAGCAUUUCAAAUGGACUCACAUAGGAGCGCACCACAACUGGAUGUAACUGACAUGUGUCUACAUACUACAUUUCUCUAUACUCUUAUAUGAAAUAAAUUAAAAUAUCAAAUUUA